AGAUCCAACAGCUCGGGUCGCAAGUUUCCAGAUUUUCAUCGAAUCAGAGUUUUCACUUGAUACUUCGCCCCUUCCAAUAGCACACCUAUUUCUUUCCUUUUGAUAACAUACUAUUUCUCACAAAUUAUGUUUUGGUAUUAUUUUUUGCGGUACAUCCUUGCUUUGCAAGAACACCUGUACUACAAAAGUUUGGCUUUUCCAUCAACGAAGACUUCAUUACUAGGUCACAUUGCACACAAACCAUGAAUAUACCUUUCAAGUUUGGCUCAAUAAUGAUGAAGAAGGUCUCCUAUUUUGAUGGGGACAUUCGGAAAAGACCUUGCUAGGUGUUACUCAUUGGAAGUCGGUACAUAAAUAUUACAUGAUAUAACGCAACCCGAUCUUAUCAUCCAUGUGGCCUUACCCGACAAGAUCCAUCCAUGAUUCAUCCAAGUUAGUUUUCUUUCAACUUCUUGCAUGUUAAUCAUCAGUCAGCAGUGUACCCAUUGUGCCAGCUAAUUAAUAUUUGUAUUUGCAAAUGGUAGCAAUUUUUGAUUUCCUUUUGUGGCUAUGUUGCUACUUCUAACUUAAUGAACGGUCAACACACACUAUGUCUAUUUUAACGGUCAAAAUGUAACAUUUGGCCCUGACAGCUGUCCACCCAUGUCAUAAUCGGGUUCAAUUUGAGCCCAAUUGAUUACGAGUGUUUUCUGCGAAAAACUAAACAAAACGAUAGGUAUCGACGAAAAAGAAUAAGUAGGUAGUUUUUUGAAACCCUAACCGUAAUUGUCGUAGUUUUUUGCUAUUUACCCGUGGUUUGCAUGUGAAACGUGAAUUUUGCAUUCACGGAAGUAUGCUUUCCUUACAAAGUUAUACUACGAACUGGCACUUUCAAACAGCUACUACUUGUAUUGUGACACAGAUGCUGAUAAGCUGCAGCAUAGGCUGUUUGAAGCAUAAAGUAGUUAUGCAUGGAUGGUUAUUCUUGUUGUGAUACCCACUUGGAAGCUAUGCUUUAUCUGAACUGAUGGGUAAGGUGGCAUUUUUGUUCUCUGGAUCUGCGAAGGUAGCACCUGGCAUCUCUUUAAAUACUACCUAAGAGAUUUAGUUGUUCUAAGUAGAAUCUGUACCAUGGAUGUGAGAAAUUGAUGCCUUUUUUUAGGGACCAACCGUCUAGUUCUACGGUAAUUUUCUAUUAAUGAACUGAAAAGAGUUUACAAUAUGUACAAAACACAAACAAAAAAGAAGGUAGGCAGAAGCCUCUAUCCUCUAUCUUCUAUCCAAUGCCAGUUUUUUCUAACAUAAUGGUACUAAGAGAAGGUUAUGUCUUUCUUGCUAUCUUGUACUUCCUCUUACUGCCGCAAAGCCAAGUUUGCAGUUUACAUCCCCUGAAAGCAAUGUCAGAGAACAUACUCUAAUAGGUUGUGCCAGAAAUGGGACAGUUGAAUGCUCUAAUUUGAGAAUGGUCCCCUUCAAAAAUUUACUUUAUUUGAGAUUGGUCAAUGUGGACUGGAAUGGUCAUAUCAUAGCCUGAUGCCUCGUGGAAGUGGGUAGAUAGAGCACGGGACAUACAUGUACAGGACACUGACUCAAUGCACUUUUGGUUAUGGUGAUCAUUAUAUGGAAAAUGAGGAUUGGUUUAGACGGACAAAUGAAGUUAUCUUGUGUGAAAUUAAGGCAUACACGCCUACGAAUGUUCUUUUAUAGGCUCCUAGCAGCAUUUUCACUUGUGCGUGUCACUUGGAUUCUUACAAAGGUAUUUCUUCUCUCUUAGGCCACCCCAUCCAUGGGAAAUGCUAAAGCAAUCUCACCAAGCAACUCACUCCAUUUUCUGAACCCUGCACACCAUUAUAUAUUUGAUGAAGAACAGGAUUGCAUGCAACAAGUGACAAGGAAAUCAAGAAGAGCUCAAGACCAUGGAGGCACCAAGAAAUCGCGGCGCGCCAUGCUUGCUCCUUGUUCUGUUGGUUCUAGCUGCCCAGUGGUGCAGCGUCUCGACGGCGAGCUGCAGCUUCACCAUAUCCAACUACUGCACCCACACCAUCUGGCCGGGGACGAUGGCCGGCGCGGGCACGCCGCAGCUGCCCACGACGGGGUUCAGGCUCGACCCGGGGCAGACCGUGCGGAUCCCGGCGCCGGCCGGUUGGUCCGGCCGGAUAUGGGCGCGCACGGGGUGCAACUUCAGCACGGACGGCUCGGGCGCGGCCGCCGGCGCGGUCGCGUGCCAGACCGGCGACUGCGGUGGUGGGCACAUGGAGUGCGGCGGCACGGGCGGGAAGCCGCCAGCGACGCUCUUCGAGAUCACGCUGGGGAAGGGCGGCCCCGCCGACCAGGACUUCUAUGACGUGAGCCUCGUCGACGGGUACAACCUGCCCGUCGUCGCCGUCCCGCGCGCGCGGCAGGGCAGCUGCAAUGCCACCGGCUGCGCCGCCGACCUCAACCUCUCAUGUCCCAAGGAGCUGCAGGUGGCCGGCGGCAAUGGCGGCGGCCCGGUGGCAUGCCAGAGCGCGUGCGAGGCGUUCACGCAGGACAAGUACUGCUGCAGCGGCGCCUACGCGACGCCGGACACGUGCAGCCCGACGGCCUACUCCUCCGUCUUCAAGUCGGCGUGCCCGCGGGCCUACAGCUACGCCUACGACGACGGCAGCAGCCUCUUCACCUGCAACGCCGUCGACUACACCAUCGCCUUCUGCCUCCCUCCAGCUGGGUUGAACAUGCCUGCUGAUGCCAACAAUGCUCCUCCUGCUGACAACAAUGGUGCCGGAAGCACCUACGUGCCGCCCCCGACAGGCAACAGCGGGGCUGGAAGCAUCUACCAGCCAACCCCUGCAGGUAACAGUGGCGUUGGAAGUGCCUACCAGCCACCUCCAACAGACAGCAAUGGCGUUGGAAGUGCCUACCAGACACCUCCGACUGGCAACAAUGGCAUCGGAAGCACCUACGAGACACCCUUGGCUAGCAGCAAUGGCGUCGGAAGUGCCUUCCAGCCGCCCCUGACGGGCGACGACAAUGGCGUGAGAAGCGCCUACCAGCCGGGGAUGACCCCGUCGUCGGCGAGCACGCGAUACGGUCAGCUGUGGUUUCUGAUACCUGCAGCGCUCGUGUUCUUUAAAUGAUCAUUCUCCAUGAAAGGCCAGCCAGUGUUUCAUGUCGAGCCGGCCUUCGAGCUUUCGAAUACUUGAGGGAUUGGGUGAUCUUAGGCGCGGAAGAAAGAAGAGGCUCGAAGCAGAGUACAUAUCCAAGCAGAGAUCUUGUAGGAGUUUCUGACAGAUUCACAGUAGUUGCAACUUGAAACCCUUUGAAACCCUCCUGUAUUCAGUAACUAGAUAGUACUGGUGGUGCAAAUUUGUGGAGAUGUAAAUAUUGGCUUCUUUCAUGCAGGCCAACAAUGAAAUCUACUAGUACAAAU